CAGGCGAUUCUCAUUCGACUUUUGGCUCGUCUAAAAGAAAAUCAGCAAAAAUGAGUGGUAGAGGCAAAGGCGGUAAGGGACUCGGUAAAGGAGGCGCUAAGCGUCACCGUAAAGUUCUCCGUGAUAACAUCCAGGGAAUCACCAAGCCCGCCAUCCGUCGUCUGGCUCGCCGUGGCGGUGUGAAGCGUAUCUCCGGUCUGAUCUACGAGGAGACCCGCGGAGUGUUGAAGGUGUUCCUGGAGAAUGUGAUCCGUGAUGCCGUCACCUACACCGAGCAUGCCAAGAGGAAGACCGUGACCGCCAUGGAUGUGGUUUAUGCUCUGAAGAGGCAGGGACGCACUCUGUACGGCUUCGGAGUUAAGGCCCCGAAGAAAGGCUCCAAGAAGGCCGUGUCUAAAGCCACCAAGACCGGCAAGAAGAAGAGAAAGACCAGGAAGGAGAGCUACGCCAUCUACGUGUACAAGGUGCUGAAACAGGUCCACCCCGAUACCGGCAUCUCCUCCAAGGCCAUGGGCAUCAUGAACUCCUUUGUUGGGGACAUCUUUGAGCGCAUCGCCGGUGAGGCUUCCCGCCUUGCUCACUACAACAAGCGCUCCACCAUCACCUCCAGGGAGAUCCAGACCGCCGUCCGCCUGCUGCUGCCCGGUGAGCUGGCCAAACACGCCGUGUCUGAGGGCACCAAGGCCGUCACCAAGUACACCAGCUCCAACGAAUCUAAAAGAAGACCAGUGAAAAUGAGUGGUAGAGGCAAAGGCGGUAAGGGACUCGGUAAAGGAGGCGCUAAGCGUCACCGUAAAGUCCUCCGUGAUAACAUCCAGGGAAUCACCAAGCCCGCCAUCCGUCGUCUGGCUCGCCGUGGCGGUGUGAAGCGUAUCUCCGGUCUGAUCUACGAGGAGACCCGCGGAGUGUUGAAGGUGUUCCUGGAGAAUGUGAUCCGUGAUGCCGUCACCUACACCGAGCAUGCCAAGAGGAAGACCGUGACCGCCAUGGAUGUGGUUUAUGCUCUGAAGAGGCAGGGACGCACUCUGUACGGCUUCGGAGGUUAAACGUGAUCCUGACCCAUUGAUCUCAAAACACAAAGGCUCUUUUAAGAGCCACC